GUAAAGUGCAUGUAUUUCUUCUCAAUCAAAAAAUGUGUCUUACAAAUGAAUGGGCUCCCCUUUAUAUAAUAGGGGAAUCCUAAAUAAGGUACACUUCUAAUUACAGUAGGAAAUCAUGAUUGACAGCUGUCUAACCGCCAAGGGUCAAUCUAUUCCACAAUUUACGCCAUGAUCUUCGGGCCAUUGCUCGAGGCAUGCCUUCUUCCGACCUCGGCAAAUCAUUUCGACCUCGACCUCGAUAUUGGAAAGGAGCCUCGACCCCGAGCUCGGCGUCCUGGCCUCUCGACGUGGUAUCACCUUUUCCAUCGAAGAAUGAAAUCGGGUAGCCCCGAUUUCCACCGUAUACAACAAACUAAUUUUCUUUUCCUAACUUUUCCUUUUGGUGUUUGGUUUUUAUAGUAUCCAUCGUCAAAUUGGUUAAGGCUGCUGCGUCAAAAGAGAGAGAUAAUAAAAAUUUUGAUAACGAUGGAAGAGGAAAUUAUGGAUCCAGCAGUGGAUCACAUAUCCAAAUUGGCAGUGCCAGUUUUGCAGAAAAUUCUAUCUUCCUUUCUUGCUAAAGAUGUUGCACAAUUGAAUACAUUGUCCAAGUCUUUGAAUAGUGCUUGGACUACCCUCUCCUACCUAAAUUUUGGUUAUAAAUUUUUCUAUCAUCAAGGGGAUGAUGACCAAUGGAUACUAGCAGAAAAUAUAACGGAUCUAGCAAAUCGGCAGAAUCAGAAAAUUUCUAUACAAAAGUUGUGGUUAACAUUACCGUCUUCUCAUUGGAGUUCUUAUAUUCAUGGCUGGAUUAAUACACUUGUAUCGCUUAACAUCAAAGAGUUGAUUUUAAGUGUUGAUACACCUAACGAUGGUUACAACAUGAUUUUGCCUGAAGCAAUCUUUGCUGCAAAAGAACUAAAUGUUCUUAAUUUACAGGGAUUUAAGCUUGAAUUGCCCCACAAUAAUGGCAUAAAGUAUUCGUCUUUGAGAGUGUUACACCUCUCUAAGGCACUUUUGAGCGAGCACUUUAUUCGAGCUGUAUGUGAAAGCUGCAGUGGCUUAGAGGAUUUAAAGUUAAAUGAAUGUCACGGACUAGCCAGUUUACAAAUUGGAGGAACGUCUUUAUCCAAACUGAGGAGUGUUUGGUUGGAUUGUCUUUAUGAUUUACAUAUGUAUGGUUGA